CCGAAACCUGCAAAAAGGCCGCACGCCCUUGACAACUAUUUCCAUUCGUUCCGGUUAAUAAAACAUUUGUUUAAUUGUAUGUUUGGGCAAUUUAAAGCUCAGGGAGAUGAUAGCGAACUGACACCGCCACCCUCCGCUCUCACCCAUCCUAAGCGAAGCCCUGUCAGCAUCAUCGACAUGGUUAUCUAGCUGGACUUGUCUGAGCCGGCGGAGCUUCUUUAUGAAGCGAAAAUUAACAGUGUUCACGAGCUAACCCACGACCGUGAGUCAUUAGCUGAAGGUUGCUGUUGUGGUUCCUCCUCUAAAAUCACUAUGGCAUCUGCAAAUGUCACACUGGAAAACCAGCUGCACAGUGCACAGAAAAACCUGCUCUUCCUCCAGCAGGACCAUGCUAACACACUGAAGGGGCUGCAUGCAGAGAUCCGUAGGCUCCAGCAGCAGUGCACAGACCUGACCUACGAACUUACUGUGAGAAGCUCUGAUCCCUCGAACGACGGUGAGAUCAAAUGCCUGGAACUGCAAAGGCGAUGUGAAGAGCUUGAGACACAGCUCAAGAAGAAAGAGGAGGAGAACACGGAGCUACUCAGGGACCUUGAGCAAAAGAAUGCCAUGAUUUCCGUCCUAGAAAACACCAUUAAGGAGAGGGAGAAGAAAUACUUGGAAGAGCUGAAGAUGAAGAGCCACAAGCUGGCUGUUCUGUCUGGAGAGCUGGAGCAGAGAGCAAGCACCAUUGCUUACCUCACCUCCCAGCUUCACGCCACCAAGAAAAAGCUUUUAGCAGGUAGCUCCUCUGAGGCCAGUCCUAAUGUGAGUCCUGUCACCUCAUACAAGCCCACCCCUCCUCCUUCUAAAGACAGGCAGCCUGAAACUCCCCGUCGGCGCAUGAAGAAGAGCCUUUCCCAGCCCCUCCACUCAGAGCUGACUGAAGUUUACCGCCUCGGCUCAGACGGCAGGCGGGUGGUGCUUCGGGAGACGGUCGAAGCCAUGCCCGACCCCACACCCUUCCUUCAGGCAGGGAGAGAGUCUCCUGAACUGCAGGUGGUGCGCGAGCGGCCUGCUGUCAUCCCGCCCAUCACCUCUGACCGCUCCCCCAUCCCCCCACUUGGUGCCUCGCCCAGUCCCCGUCACAGCCCGGCCCGGGACCGUCAGCACAGGGCUCAUGUGGGGGUGGCCCACCGCAUCCCUCAUGGAGCUCCUCCCUUGGCCCCAGUGCACACAGAGCUGGAGACCCUGGCAGUGGAUCAGGUCAGCGAGGAAAAGGUCGUGCGGAAGCGCUCCGGAGCCGACAGGACAGUCUGACACUGCAGAGCUGAAGUGCACACAAGCCCCACACUCUGGUGGAGCACAAACACAGUACCCUGUCCAAACAGGAGGAGCCUGACCCACUGUGUAGCCUGCUUUUCACAGCAAUAUAAUCAAAUGCAAAAUUAUUAUUUUCUUGUAUUCCAUAAGGAAUUGUUGUCUUUUUACAUUUGCAGUAAAAAAAAAAGUUUCUGUAAAGCAUGCCAAAUUUUCCUGUUUAUCUUCCACAGAGACUUAUCAAGGACAUCCUCAUUUUUCUUUCUUGCACCUUUUUUCAACCUUUCUUACAUACAACAGAUUAUCAGCCAAAUACCUACAUCAGUGCCUGUUUAGCCAGUUCAGUCACAGAAGCUGUGAAAUGUAAUCAUGGUUACUGUUUAUCUACCCACAGUACCUUUGUCUGAUCCAUCUUCUUCAAAUACAGGCUGUGCUUAUCAACAAGCUAUAUAACAAGCUGCAUAGAAUAGUAAGAAAGCUACUACUCCCCAAAUGUCGUACUCUGUGAUACUUGUAUAAUCUCGUUCCUGUAGGCAUAAGCAUCGUGAUGUGCAGCAGAAAUGUGCAGGUUUACAAAGUAAAAGCUUGGAAAUUAGGUUUUUUCUUUGGUGACCAAAAGAACAAAGCACCAGGGUGGACAUAUUUCAGUGCAGUAUGAGCUGAUCGUGAGGAGAUGUGUGAGCACGACAGGAAGAGGGCAGCAACCGCCACACACAAUCAUUUUCAGUUCACACGAUGUUUCAUUGAUUGUUUUGUGAUACAAGGGCAUUUCUAAAGUCCUAUCACUGCUGUGAUAGGACUUUGUGAUAUUAACUGUACUUUAUAAAUGCUAUCAAUUUAUAUGAUUCUUUCUUUUUUAAUUAAUGGUUGAAUAUCAAGAAAGAACAGAUAAUCACUGUAGUUUCUGCACCACCGAUUUCCAAUUUUUUUAGUAGCCUGCUUUUCACAAUAAGAGCACCUGUCAUUAAAAUAUACAAAUUAAUAUAAUAAAGCUAAGCUAUUUGGG